UGCAUGCAAGGUUACUAUGGAGUGUGUGUAACUAGUUUUCAACAAAAAACCCCAACAGACUUAAUAUAUAUUCAAGCAAUUCAGUCCUUAUGUUCCUCUUGCUUGUGCUAAUGGGGCUGCUAAACACAGAAUUGGAUCUUUUCUUCUUUCAUGCCCUUUCAACUUUUUUGCUUUAUCUUGAAAGGAUUUGUUCCACUACUGCUUUGGAGAAGAAAGCUGCAAACUUCUAGGAAGAGAAAGCUCCAGCUAACAUGGAACAGAGACCUCUGUGCGCUGGCAUCAAGGGUGUCAAUGAAACAGUGGAUGUCUGCUUCUUGGCAGGCCAGGAACAUUUAAUCAGAAUUGGCGAGGAGAAAUGUAUACCAGAAGAUUCAAAGCCUAUGGAAUUAUGUGGAAAGUCAGCAUGGAAAACAGAAGAUCAUGGUUUCCAGAACUGGGAACAGUCAAAGACCUUAGCAAGCCAAGAAAGAGCAAAACCUGCCCCAGGGGAGAAAGCAAAUAAAGCCAUUCCCUGCGGAGAGGGGAGCCUAGCUCCCUAUGGAACUACUGUCCAAAUGGGAAUUGACACCGUGGAUAAUGGGUGGAAGAAUGAGAAUGAUGGGAAACAAUUAGAAAGAGUCCAAUCUGAGGAACUGAAAGAGAAUUUUUGGAAUCAAGGUGGACCAACAGAAGAAGAAGAAAGUUACAUGGAGGAAAGAGAUGAUAAAUCUGUUACUUCUCAAGAUAGAAGUUUCAGUGAAACUUCAGUCCAGCCUAAAAAGCAAACAGAUAAGAGAUGUAAUAAGUGUCUGAAUAUUUACCAGUUAAUCCACGCAGAGGGAAAGUCAAACAAAAACUUCAAAUUUGGGAAGAGUGUAAACUGGAACCAAAACCUUGCUGAUGGUCAAGCAUUCCCUGAAGACAAAAAAACAUAUAAAUGUUUGGAAUGUGGAAAGAGCUUCAAUCACAGCUCAAGCCUCCCUUCACAUCAGAGAGUUCACACAGGGGAGAAGCCAUAUAAAUGCCUAGAGUGUGGGAAGAGCUUCAAUUCAAGCACAAGCCUUUCUUCACAUCAAAGAACACACACUGGGGAGAGACCGUUCAGCUGCUUGGACUGUGGCCUGAGCUUCCGGGACCAUUCAGGCCUUAUUAAACAUAAGCGAAUUCACACUGGGGAAAAGCCGUACAGCUGCUCAGACUGCGGCCUGAGAGUUAGCACUCAGUCGAGCUUAGUUAGACAUCAGAGAAUCCAUACAGGAGAGAAACCCUAUCGGUGCUCAGAAUGCGGGAAAUACUUUGGUCAGAGCACAGACCUUGCUUCACAUAGAAGAACCCACACAGGGGAGAAGCCAUAUAAAUGCCUGGAGUGUGGGAAAAGCUUCAGUCGAAGCACAAGCCUAACUCUGCAUCAGAGAAUACACACUGGGGAGAAACCAUAUAGCUGCUUAGACUGUAACAAGAGCUUUUCUGAUCAAUCCAGCUUUAUUAAGCACGAGAGAAGCCACACAGGAGAGAAGCCAUAUAAAUGCCUGGAGUGUGGGAAGAACUUCAGUCGGAGCACAAGCCUUUCUUCACAUCAAAGAAUACACACUGGGGAGAGACUGUUCGGCUGCUUGGACUGUGGUCUGAGCUUCCGGGACCAUUCAAGCCUUGUUAAACACAAGCGGAUUCACACUGGGGAAAAAAUGUACAGCUGCUCUGACUGUGGCCUGAGUUUUACCACUCAGUCAAGCCUGGUUAGGCAUCACCGGAUCCAUACAGGAGAGAAACCAUAUCCAUGCUUGGAGUGUGGGAAGUAUUUUGGUCAAAGCACAGAUCUCGUUUCACAUAGAAGGAUUCACACAGGGGAGAAACCAUAUAAAUGUUUAGAGUGUGGGAAGAGCUUCAGUCGAAGCACAAGCCUAACUUUACAUCAGAGAAUACACACCAGGGAGAGAGAAUAAAGUUUGUAGCAAGAGCAGCUGUUGUGAUCCACCAGGUUUUAUCAAGCAGAAGAAAACCUAUGCAGAGAAGAAGUCAUAUUUAUGUGUGCAGAAAGAUCUUCAGUCAGAGAACAAACAUCAGUUCACAAAAUUAACUUGGACUUUUGAUCAGCCUGUUGAGGUUUCUUUUGCUUAAUUGUAUUUUUGAAGGUAGCCAUACGGAAAGGUUGUUUUGUUGGUAUCUCAUUCUAUUAAGAAAUCUCUAUGGUUAUUAUUAAAAUAUGGAUUAGUAAUACAUUGGUGAUUCUAAUGCAUUAUUUAACUUGAAAAGUAUGAGUAAUCAAAUUUUACAUUACU